AUGGCGGCUUCAUCCCAACGACGCUGCGUUUUUGUUGGGAACAUUCCUUACGACGCUACCGAGGAACAACUCAGAGAAAUUUGCGGCGAGGUUGGACCUGUUGUUUCGUUUAGAUUAGUUACUGAUAGAGAAACUGGUAAACCAAAAGGUUACGGAUUUUGUGAGUAUAAGGACGAAGAAACUGCAUUGAGUGCUCGUCGUAAUCUUCAGAGUUACGAAAUCAAUGGGCGUCAAUUAAGAGUUGAUUUUGCAGAGAAUGACAAAGGAACUGAGAAAACUCGUGAUCAGGGUCAAGGAGGACCUGGUUUACCGGCUGCUACUGUGACAGAAUCUCAAAAGCAAAUCGGGGGGCCUGGAGAUUCAAAUAUGCAUCAGCCGGUUGGUGUCCAGCUUGCUAUGACCGCUGCAUCUGUUAUGGCGGGUGCGCUAGGUGGUCCCCAGGUCGGUUCGCAGUUUACACAAGGUACACUGCAGGUUCCAGCUAGUGAUCCCCUGACUCUUCAUCUUGCUAAGAUGUCUAGAAGUCAGCUCAGUGAAAUUAUAUCAUCCAUUAAGUUAAUGGCGACGCAAAAUAAGGAACAAGCUCGACAGUUGUUGGUUUCAAGACCUCAGUUGCUAAAAGCAGUUUUCCUGGCUCAGAUAAUGCUUGGGAUUGUGAGUCCACAAGUCUUGCAAACGCCAAAUAUUGUUCAGGCCCCAAGUCAUAUGACAGGGUCUUCAAUUCAAGACACACAACUAUCUGGUCAAGUAUCCAGUCAAAACUUUUUACCGCCACUGGCACAAAGGUCGCAGCAGCUAAGUCACCCUCCCCAUAGUCAGUUUCCCACUCAACAGUCUUCUAAACAACCUUUUAGUCAGAUUCCACAACUAGUAGCACAACCAGGUCCUUCUUCUGUGAAUCCUCCUCCUAGAUCCCAAGUUAAAGGUCUCAGUGACACUGCUCCAUUCCAACGCCAAAAGCAAUUGGUUCCAGCUUCCACCAACGUAGGUUAUAGUAGUCAGACUUCAGUUCCAAACAAUGCUAUCCAGCCAUCUCAAGUACCCCGCCCAGCAUUGACAAAUUCUGUGGUGCAGCAAGGUGGGCAAACGGUAUCAUUAAAUUAUGGCAAAAGAAUAAACGAGGGUCCUCAUCAAUCAGUAAACAGACCAUCAAAGAUGAUGAAGGUGGAGGAUAUGAGAACCACACCAUUCCCUGGAGGUCAUGCGUCUAAUUCAAUACUUCCGAAUCAAGUGCAAAAUCAAGUACAACAACAGGAUCCGCAGACUCGUAUCUCCCCGGAUGUGCAAUCAGCAUUGCUCCAGCAAGUAAUGAACCUUACGCCGGAACAGAUGAGAUUGCUGCCUCCAGAGCAACAGCAAGAGGUCAUAAAGCUGCAACAAGCGCUCAAGCAAGACCACAUGGUGCAGCCUUCAUAG